GCGGCAGCAGACGCGUCUGGCUCUGCCUCUCUGUGCCGAGCGCUGGCGAUCGGAGUCACCCGGCCUUGUUCUGAGGCUGGGCACCAAGCUCCUGUCGCUGGCUACACUGAGAGUGCUCCCAAAUUCACACCCAGAUCCUUCUGCCAGGCAGAAGAACAGGUUGGAAGAUGGACUUUACUGGAAAAGGAAAAACCUCUGAAGGAAAAGGCCUGACUGGCUACCCUCUUGCCAAGAGGUUUUCCCUGGCAAAUCCCUCUAUGCUCCUUCCCUCCAAGCCAUUGCCUCCCAUCUGGAAGAAUUCUCCUUCUACCACACCAAGUCAGAUAUGCAGCGGAGAGCAGGAGAAUGGGAAAAAUGGCAGUGGCUGUGAUGAGCACAGGGCAAAAAUACAGGAGCGGAGUUCAGAGGGAAAAGGCCAUAAGGCUGCCUUGCUGUAUUCCAUUGAAGGGGAUAUGAAGAAGGGGUCAUUGGGACUGCCUUUGAUCCCCCCUAUACGCAAGGCAGGAAGUCCCCCUGUGGGCAGUGCUGCGGGGUCCCUGCCAAGCUCCCCCCAGCUGGAUUUUCAGGAGUCCCGGGAGAUGAGGCCAAGACCCAGCAGCAGAAGCAAAGGGAACAAGUCUGAAGAUGCAGGCGAGAAUAGGUUCAGUUCUUCCAAGUCUUUCUGGCCAUGUCCCUCGUCACUGUUUCCCUCCAAGCCAUUGCCUCCCAUCCGGAAGAGCUCUCCUUCUCCUAACACAAAUGAAAUGUACAGCGUGGAGAAAAAGAACAAGAAAAAUGGCACUGGCUAUGAUGAUGAGAGUAGAAAAAACCAGGAGCUGAGUUCAGAAGGAAAAGGUUGUAAGGCUGCCUUGCUGCAUUCCAUUGAAGGGGAUAUGAAGAAGGGGUCAUUGGGAUUGCCUUUGAUCCCCCCUAUACGCAAGGCAGGAAGUCCCCCUGUGGGCAGUGCUGCGGGGUCCCUGCCAAGCUCCCCCCAGCUGGAUUUCCAGGAGUCCCGGGAGAUGAGGCCAAGACCCAGCAGCAGAAGCAAAGGGAACAAGUCUGAAGAUGCAGCUUCUUCUGAGCCUGCUGCAAACACCCAGAGGAAGAAGGGAAAGAGCUCUUGGUGCAAGAUAGGAGCUGGGAUGCCUCUGUUCCCGAGGAAACUGGCUGACCUGUUUGGCUUGGAGACCUAUGUGCCGAAGCCCGACCUUGGGAAUGGAGGUCUGGGCUCCCGGCCGGCUCAGGGGGCCUUGGCCCAGGAGCCCCAGGAGCCUGGCUCAGCCUCACACAGAGGCCUCCCACUGAGCCAGGCCAAGGAGACAGAUCAUCCCACCAGUCCUGGUCUUACGAGGGACAAAGAGCUGAGGGAUGGCUUUGGAAAGAUCCGUGAUGCACUGUGGGAGUUGGCUCAAGAGAACUUAGAGCCAAUGGACACAGAGCAUUUGGUGGAAGAGAUGAAGAAAAGGAGACAAAAGAAAAGAUUCUUGCAGCUUCUUCCUGAGACUGUCGAGCCUGGGGAUGCAGCUGAAGCAACCUUUAGCCUACCACCUGUUGAUGGCACAGCUCCUAGGGUGCAGAGAAAAGACCCUGCUACUGCCUUGAAGAAGAAGGUCUUGAGAAAGCAGGACAACAUGCCCUUACUGCCCAAUAAACCCACCAUCCAUGGAGAUGGCAGCUUCCCACGCAACUCCUCAGUGACCUCGCAGACAGCCACUGGUGCCCAGCGCCGAGAGGAGCCGCUCCAGGGGCAUGGGCAGAAGGACACAGCCUCUCCAGACCCACAGCACUCCUUGCUGGAGGCACUGUCCUUGCUGGGCAGCGAUGACUGGGAGCUGAAGGAGAAGGGACUCUUCAACAUCAAGCACCUGGCUGAGUCCCAUUCAGAAGUCCUGCUUUCCAGACUUCACGACAUUUGCUUGGCAGUUACCAGCGAGGUGACCAAUCUCCGGUCCAAGGUGUCCUACUCUGCAGUCGUCACUCUGGGAGAGUUCUUUGCGACCUUGAAGAAGGACAUGGACUGUGAGGUGGAUGAGGUUGCUGCAGUCCUUCUCCAGAUGGUGUGGAAUUCCCCAGAGUUUGUUCAGAAGGCAGCCUGUCACACUCUGGGGAUCAUGGUGCAGAACGUGACUCCUGCACGAGCAAUGACUGCUCUCAUGGACAGGGGAGUCAAGAGCCGCUACGCCCAGGUGCGGAAGUGUGCGGCCGAGCUCCUCCUGUCCCUGAUGGAGAGAACUGGAGUCACGAAGCUGGCAGGCACAGCCAGGGCUGAGAGGCUGGCACAGGUGGCAGGGACGCUUGCUCAGGACUGUCACCAGGACACAAGGCAUUAUGGACAGGAGAUGGUGAAGAUGUUGCUGAGCCAUCAAAAAUUUAAAAUUCUUCUGGAACGCUCUCUUUCCACGCGUGACCUGGAAGAUAUUCUGACAAGAAUUAAGAAGAAAGGGAUGGAAAUCCAGAAGGGCGAAUGCCCAUCUGUCAAGGAGCCGGUGGAGAAGAGGAACCAUGGCUCCAAGAAGCCCCAGGCCACAUUGCCUUCUAGCAAAUGGGUGAAACUUACCUCUGAUGGACACCUUGUACACCGUACAAAAGCCCAGGUCACGUUACCUCCAGCUGUGGUAGAAAUGGAGCCGCUCCAGAAGCUUUACCAUCUCCUGGAAGCCAAGGGGUUUCAGACACGCAUGGAAGGAGUGGCACUCCUCCUAGACCUGUGCAAAAACAGCCCCCAGCUCAUCUGCACUAACAUUGUCCAAAUUUUUGAUUAUUUUGUCCUGAGAAUAUCUGACAGCCACAAGAAAGUGAAGCAGAAGGCACUGGACGUGCUGGCUGAAAUCAUAGGCCUCCUGGAAGAUGCCCUGAACCCGGUGAUGAUCCCUUUGGUGCAGGGAAUAACAAAGAACCUGAACUCAAAGGAUCCCGGGGUUCGUGCUGCAGCUGUGAAUGCACUGGAAGAAUCCAUUGCUCAUUUAGAUAAAGUAUCACUGCUGAAAGAGUUCAGCCACCAAUGGAGUCAUCUGAGUGGCCAAGCUCUGCUGGAUGUCACCGGGAGUAUCGCAGUGCUUGUGGAGUGGGUUCAUGCCAGGAGCCCUGCAGUGGUCCAGCGCUGCGCCCUGCCCGUGCUCUGGUCCUGCCUGGAGAACAAGGCGCUGCCUGUGUGA